CUGAACGUACAGGAAGACUUCCAGGAGGAAAUAACAAAGAAAACUCCCAGCACUAGCUCUUUGGAGAUGCCGGUCAUUGAAGACAUACCUGAGGAAUAUUGGUUAGGCUUUUUGACGGAAUUUAGACAUUCAAUUUAUUUGAAUGAAAUGUGGAUGAAUGAACUCGAUGAAACAGAUUCAUCUCUGUGGUCACGAGAAAGCGAGAGACUUCAGCGCAUCACCGACUACAGCGAGCCUCGUCUGGAGACACAGUUGAAUCGGUCAUUGGUCAUCAGGAGUCAGCAGUCAGUGCUAGGAUGGUCAAUUAGCGUCACGUCAGGGUCACAGCAGGGGGCGGGGGAUGGAGGAGACGUGCGGGUUGAAGAGGUACACGAAGGAGAGAUGAAGGAAACAUCUCGACGAUCACACAAACGGACUGAGAAGAGCAAGCUGUUCAGUAAAGCUAGGUGGCCUGACUUUCCUCUCUUCUGUUUAGUAUGCUGGGCAGAUCCAGAGGUUCCCUCCCCACCUCUCGAAGGUGACUCCAGGUCCCGCGUCAGCAUCAUAUCUGACUGCCGCUUGAGGAAUUUAAGGUUGGACACUCAAUACGACAUAACAUCGGAGAAGAUAGACACUCCUCCCGGAGAGGUGGUUAAAAGAAAAUAA